GAUAGGCUGGUCACGUGAGGAUGGGAGAUGGUGUACCCACAGACAUUGAACGACACGCCAAAGGCGAUGACGACGCUGCUGCAACGUUGGAAGUGAGCUCCUUCACAGCUGGCAAGCAUUCCUCACGAGUUUACUACAGACCAGCCGGUUCAAGCAUUCAAACAGAAGCAGGUGAAGAUGAAGACCAGCGACAAGGCGACGAAGUGCAGAAUGACGACACCGAGCGUCCGCCGUCGAAACAAAUAUCUCGUAGAGAAAGGAGAAGCUUCCUGGCAUUGAGAGAGGGUGCAUUGGGGCUUGUAGUGGAUGCAUGUCUCAGUACCAUUGUCACGGCAGAAGAUGGUGGACAUCUGGGAACCUUCAUCUUAUCCCAUAUUGACCACUGGGACUAUGAGAAGGAGCGUGUGUUUUUAAUCAUGGAAAACGUUCUCCUCUGUGCCAAAUAUGAUUUCUCCAAGCAACAGGUGAUGUCGGCUAUUCGUCUACCAUACUAUGGGAUCACGAAAAUAAUCAGGGGCAAAUUUGUAUACCCAAGACUUGGAGUAGCGAGCAAACGGGAUGGGACCGGGCUACGUGUCCACUUCAGUUGUAGCAGUCCCCCAUUCUGGUCUCUACUCAAUCCAUGGGCAGACGACAUUCCGUACUGGACCAUAACAUCACACAUCUUACGCACACAAUACAAAGUUCCAGACGAUCGCCUCAACAUCGACAUAUUUACAGAUAAAUUGAUGUCUGCAAUAUACGGUGCAUUCAGUCGACUACAAGGAGACAAGGACCCGGACUGCACACAGCCAGAAAUAGAAGAGCAAGAUGUCUACAUGGAUACAUACAUGAACAUGACAGCCAUGCUACACAAUGGACAACACAUGGGAUACUACAAAGAGAAAGUGACUUCAUAGAGUUAUAUUUCGAUUUGUGUCUAGAUUAUUAGUCAAUGCAAUAAAGCAGUAUACACACGGCGAUGCUACCGGGGUUUGCCUUGUGUCCGGCG